GCGGCUGUAAUGGCUGCCCUCGGCCGGCGCGGCUCUGGGCUAGUUCGCGCGGUGCUAGGGGUCUGGCAGCUGGGACCCGAAGCCUCAAGGGGCUGGGUGUGCCGGCUCCCCUCAUUUUUGGGCUAUCACCCGAGGUGUGUGUCUUGUAUCGCAGGCGCCGCUUUCGCUGGUCCACGUCUGUCUUCGGCCUCUCGCCAUUAUGGCCCGGGUUCGGCCCUGGACCGCUUCCUCGGACUCGCUCAGCCAGACAGUUUCCUGACUCCUUGCGUCCCCGCGGUGUCCAUGCACAGAGAUGAGCAGGAUCUCCUCUUGGUCCAUUGUCCUGACAUGCCUGAGAACCCUCGGGUCCUGCGAGUGGUUCUCCUGGGAGCCCCGAAUGCAGGGAAGUCGACACUCUCCAACCAGCUGCUGGGCCGAAAAGUAUUCCCUGUCUCCAAGAAGGUGCACACCACUCGCUGCCAAGCUCUGGGAGUCAUCACAGAGAAGGAGGCCCAGGUGAUUCUGCUUGACACACCUGGCCUCAUCAGCCCCAUUAAACAGAAGAGGCACCAUUUGGAGCUCUCUUUGCUGGAAGAUCCGUGGAAGAGCAUGGAAUCUGCUGAUCUGGUUGUGGUUCUUGUGGAUGUCUCGGACAAGUGGACUCGAAACCAGCUCAGCCCCCAGGUGCUCCAGUGCUUGACCCAGUACUCCCAGGUCCCUAGCGUCCUUGUCAUGAACAAGGUAGAUUGUCUGAAGCAGAAGUCAGUUCUCCUGAACCUCACAGCAGCCCUCACUGAAGGUGUGGUCAAUGGGAAGAAGCUCAAGAUGAAGCAGGCCUUCCGGUCACACACCCCCAGCACUCAUCGCCCCAGCCCAGAAGCUAAGGGCUCAGACACACAGCCUGUGGGAGGCUCUCAGAGGACUGGCUGGCCCCACUUCCAGGAGAUCUUCAUGUUAUCAGCCUUAAGCCAAGAAGAUGUGAAAACUCUAAAGCAGUACCUCCUGGCACAGGCCCGGCCAGGGCCCUGGGAGUUCCACAGUGGAGUCCUCACUACCCAGACGCCUGAGGAGAUCUGUGCCAACAUCAUCCGGGAGAAGCUCCUCCAGUACCUGCCCCAGGAGGUGCCCUACAACGUACAGCAGAGGACUGAGGUGUGGGAGGAAGGGCCAAGUGGCCAGCUGGUGAUCGUACAGAAGCUUCUGGUGUCCAAAGAAUCUCAUGUGGGAAUUCUGAUUGGUCAGAAGGGGCAACUGAUCGCCCAGAUCGCACAGGAGGCGGGCCGUGACCUCAUGGACAUCUUUCUCUGUGACGUUCAGCUCCACCUCUCUGUGAAGCUCCUCAAGUGACCAUCCUCUGCUGCCUCUCCCAGGGCAUCCCAGCCGAAGCUGCUGGCAGGAGCCACUGACCAGAACUUCCCCCACCCUGGGACCUGUAGGGACUGGUGAGGAGCAUGGACAUUGACUGCUUGCUGGCUGACCUGGUCUUGCCAAGUCUGCACAGCAUCUGCCCAGCUGUGUCUCUUGUUGGAGAAAGGAGCGUGCCUUAGCUCAGUUCCCAGGUGGCUCCUCUGCCUGGGGCUACAGCUUACUUAGGGCUCAGAAGUUGGCCGCUUGGUGGGGCAGUGCCACCCUGUCUCCAGCUGGCACUGAGCCCAGAGUUUCUCCCUGAGCUGCCAGUUAGCAGAGGAAAUCUUUCUUCUCUCCUCAGUUCUCCGCCUUAAAGCCAGGUAGGGACUCGUGUUCUGAGUGAGAGAGUGCCUCUCUCCUGAGUCCCAAGUCCUUGAUCCCUCCCAUUCCAACCCCUCCCCAGUCUUGGAUGAGAA